UUGUUCUUUUGCCUUCAGUGUUAACUGAAGCUGCACUGGCACAGUUUUGAUUUCUGACUAAAAGUCCAACAUCUGGAUCUUGGUGCCUAGAUUCUAGAUCUUGGAUUGUAGAUUUUAGUUAUUGUCAUUUCUGGAACUUCGUGAAAGAUUCUUUUGUCACAAAAAAUUAUAAUUAUGUUGUUGUUCUAUGAACUUCCUGUUAAUUUCGUGGCCGGGGCUCCAUUGUUGGAGCCAGUCGCCUCUCAAUUGAAAUGUUCCAGGUUUAAUUCCACCUGUUCACAAGACAAAGUGUCCUUGAGCAAGACAUUAAAUCCCAAGCUGCUUCCAAUGGGUGGAAUGAACAUGACAGCCCCCUCUUUUGAUGUGUCAGUGUGAUUAACAUUGUAAAACUUCCUGAAAUACAUUUCCCUUUCAUAUUUUCCAAACAUUAGUAAUCAUCGAAAAUCCUAAAUUUCGCUUCGGAAACAGAUAUAACUUAAUCUCUCUUGAGUUUGUCUCCUUCUGCAGCUUCAGCCUGGAUAAAUGUUACGUUUGAUCCCCUUGGAUCGUCUUUACUGAGGUUAAAAUGAGGAAUGAGCUGUAUGGAGGAAGCAAGGAGGAAAAUGAGGAGGAGAAUGGGCAAAACUUCAGCCAGAUCAAGUAUAUAUUUAUCAAGGGGACUCCAACCACUGUGUUUGGCAAAUGAAGGCGAUAUUUCAUCUUUUUAAAUAUAAUAACUUGGCAUUAUCAGUUGGAUUAUAAGUUUUACAAAGAACAAUCAGACUGAUGCCACAAAAUGACAGAAGACAGUAAAUUCCCGCCUCAGCUACAGCUUUUGGCUGGAGUUAGAACUGGACGACAGUUUGUCGUUUUAAAUGCUCCCCAACACAAUAACACACACAGACACACACACAAACUGAUGAACUGCCUGUUAAAGCCUGAGUUGUAAGACAGGAGAGUGAAGGGUCACCUGCAGGUGAAAGUCACGUGAACGUCGUUGACCAGACGUCUGCAACCUUUAUGACCAGAAGAGCCGUUUCGGCCUCCUAUCAAAGUCAUAAGGAUGUCUCUGUACAGCAGCUUCCUGUCCGAUGAGCAGUUUCAGUGCUCCAUUUGCCUGGAUUUGUUCAACAACCCUUCAUCCACACCAUGCGGCCACAGCUUCUGCAUGGGCUGCAUCAGCAGAUACUGGGACGGAUGCAAGGUUUGCCAGUGUCCUCUGUGCAAAAAGAACUUCCAGAAACGACCGGACCUCCAAAUCAACCGGACCCUGCGAGAGAUCACCGAGCAGUUCAAAUCAAUGAAAGGUGGAGGAGGAGGAGGACCAGUGAAGGAGAAGAGAGGAGGAAGGGUAGUGGGAGUGGAAGGAGGCAUACCUGGGAGCGUAUAUGAAGAACUGAAGAAGAAGCUGCCCCACGCUCUGCUCCCGACUGACGCCCAGUCUCACAAUGGGUCCAUCUCAGCCACCCUUUCUCCAGGUUCGAGUCCCCUGGGCUCGUCGGUGCCGAACCAGAGUCCGCUCGCCACCAUGAUGCAAACCUUGCCUCCCCCUCCGCUUCCAGACUCCCGCUCUGGCGGCCGCAGGAGGUUCACCGUGACCGGGGCGGCGAACAGCCACAACCUCCCUCUCUGCGAUACCCACAGGAGGGGGAUACUGAUCUACUGCCGGACUGACCACAUGUGCGUCUGUCCGAUCUGCGCGUCCGAGGAUCAUCACGACCACGACACCCUGACCAUCGAGGCCGAGUGGAUGGAGAGAAAGGUCCAGCUGGGUGUGUCUGAGCAGCAGAUCAAGGAGAUGAUCAGGGAGCGGAUCAGAAAGAUGGAGGAGAUCCGGCUGGCGGCGGCCGAGCUGGAGAAGGCGGUGCAGCGAGAGACGGCGGGCAGCAUGCGGCUCUUCUCCACGCUGGUGUCGGCCGUGGAGCGCUCCCAGGCCAAACUGAUGGAGGUGGUGGAGAUGAACCGGCGGGCGGCGCAGCACCAGGCCGACAGCGCCCUCCGGCAGCUGGAGCUGGAGGUGGAGGAGCUGCGGCGGCGGGAGAGCGCGCUCGCCCAGCUCGGCCAUUCGGAGGACCACAUACACUGCGUCAAGAUGUUUCCCACCAUCUCCAGCCCGCCUCCAGCCAGGGACUGGACCGGGGUGUCGGUGAACUCCGACCUCGGGACGCGGGACAUCUACCGGUCCGUGGUGGCGCUGGUGCAGAAGUUCCAGGAGGAGCUGAACCAGGUGGCAGAAACAGGUUUCCCUGCUCCAGUCCUGGAACCCAGUCCAGUCCGAACUCAACCCAGAACAAAGAAGAUACAAGAGUAUGCAUUGGACGUAACUCUGGACGGUGAUACAGCUCACCCCCGGCUGCUGCUGUCAGACGACCUGAAAAGUGUGAGAUGUGGAGAGCGACACCAGCUGCUGCCAGACAACCCGGAGAGGUUCGACCGGGUGGUGUGUGUCCUGGGGAGGGAAGCCAUCUCCUCCGGGAGACACUACUGGGAGGUGGAGGUCGGGGGGAAGACGGACUGGGACCUCGGGGUGGCCAAACACUCGGUGAACCGGAAGGGGAAGAUCCAGUACACUCCGUGUAACGGCUUCUGGUUCCUCAGCCUCAGAGACAAGAGCACCCUGGCCUUCCGGACCGAACCCUCCACAGACGUCCACAUGAACCUCCCCCCCAACAAGAUCGGGGUGUUUGUGGACUUCGAAAAGGGACAGGUAUCCUUCUACAACGUGGACGCCAAGAUCCACAUCUACACCUUCAACGACAUCUUCAACGAGAGCAUCUACCCCUUCUUCAGCCCCUGCACCAACAAGUCGGGGAAGAACGACGGGCCGCUGGUCAUCACGCCGGUCAACGUGACGGAGUGACGCCCGAACGCACCGCCGGGGCCCAGCUCAUCGCUCUCCUGUCCCGAACACACCUGAACGCUCUGCCAAAACUGAUUCCUGCCGAGUUCCGAUUCUUAAAGUUCUGUUUUCAAAAUGUGUCAGACUGUGAGUGGUUUAUAACGCUGCUGAAAUGUAUUCAGAUGUUCUUCUUAUUUGACCAUUAAAGCAUUUUCAUUUACUA